UGUAUGGUGCUGUUGAAGUGGGCUUUGGUUAGGACUGCUGCUGUUGAGGAUGUCAAAUGAAACUAUAUCCAUCAUGAUGGUACUACCAUCACAACAGUGUAAUGUCAUGGCUCCAAUUUGCAAUAAAUUACUGAUAAAGAGUUUUUGAAACAAUAAGUUGAUUAUCCAAAAAGAUUAGGAAUCACUUUGUUGUGUUUUUCCCAUAUAGAUAUAUCAUCUGACAUCCAUGCUACCCAUCUCUAGGAUUGUCUCACAAAUGGCAUUUCAAGAUGACCAUUCUCUUCUAUUCUGGCUUACAUUUUAUAUCCAUUUCUGUUUCUUUUCUAUCUUUUUUUAUGGCAUUAUGAAAGUGUUAAUGCAGAAAUUAUUCAAUCAAAAAAUGAAAAAAGAACAUCAAGCUGGGACACUUUGUCGGUUUCGCACUAGUUUUUUAUUCAAAUUGACAAAAAAGCUUGAGCCUCAGACGACCAACCAUGUGAAGGGAGAGGCUGCACAGCCAUCUCUAGCCUUCUCCACACGAUUACAAGAUUAUACAAAAAAGCAAAUAAUGCACCUAACAGUGCUGAGAAAAGAGUAAAACAUCCCCCAACUCUCUCCUUCUCAGUUCCCUCCUUUCGACUUAUUCUGAACUGCACUCAGGGAUGCUGACCGUCCAACUGGCCCAUGUGUCAUUAUUAGCAACAUGAUUGAUCUAUUUCCUAAUUUUUACCUUCUUUAAGAUCAGCUCAAUUUCCGCAUCUAUCUAGACUCCAAAGCCUAGAGAUCUUUAUUCUUCAUCAUAAAUUUCGUUCACCUUAGGACUUCUUACCUACAUGAGUGUGAACAUCUAUUGUCAACUAGGAAGAGGAGGGGCAUUCGGGUAAAUCUUCUUCAAUUCGUCGCCUUUUGCUAAACCAAUCAGUUUGCACAUCCUCGAGCCAAUAAAAUUCAGCCCUCAAGUGUCCUGAUUCUGAGUCUCUGACUCUCAGAUUUGAGAAAGAGAGGGUGUAAUAUGUAUGGCCGCCAAUCUUAGAACAAGUAAUAUGUAUUAUCACUUCUUGUUGGCUUUCCAGUUCCUUGUUUUGCUGCAAACCAGAUCAGUUUCUUGUUAUCAAUACAAGGUUGGAGAUUUAGAUGCUUGGGGAAUACCCACUUCAGCUAAACCACUAGUCUACACACAAUGGUCCAAGUAUCAUACCUUCAAGAUUGGAGAUUCUCUCUUGUUUUUAUACCCACCAAGUCAGGAUUCAGUGAUACAAGUAACGGAACAAUCCUACAACAACUGCAACAUUAAAGAUCCAAUCUUGUACAUGAACAAUGGAAACUCUCUUUUCAACAUCACCAAAUAUGGGGAAUUCUACUUCACCAGUGGAGAGCAGGGCCACUGCGAGAAGAAGCAAAAGCUCCACAUUUCUGUGCUUUUUGGAAAUGGGUCUUCUGCAGAUUCUCCUUCAUCUGGUCCGAGUGCAUUGCCAGAAAUCUCACCCUCUUACCCCACUGUUUUUGGUACGAUGCCACAACCACCUUCUUCUUCUCCUCCACCAAGCUUUCCGGUAUUCAUGGCAGCCGUUGCUUUAUUUGCUGUAUCUGCAAUGGUUGGUGGCAUCAUGUGAGGAACAUCAUUAUUUUGUACUUUGAACCGAAGUGUGAGAGAUUAUCUUUUGUUCUUCUUGAAAUUGAUAUAUUUUUUUCCCUUUUAUUAUUGGUUCAAAGAUCCGUGAUGAAUUUCCAUAUUGGUUAAUAUGAAGAUUUUGGCAAUUGGUGGU